GCUGCGGAAGGCGGCAAGGGGGUAGCGGCAGAGACUCUCUGAGCUGCUAGCAGUGGCAGCAACCCCCACCCGGCACGGCACGGCGCGGCGAGAAACGCCCUCCGGAGACACCUGGACCGCCCCCAAGGAGAGCACCUACUACACUGCUGAUUGCGAGUCGCUGGAGAGCAGCCGCGUCUGUCUGUGCCUCCUCUGCCGACUUGUGGCUCCUUCCUCUCUGCCAGUUGGCUAGCGAGGCGUCGGGGUGGGAGAUCCCGGCAGUUCCGCGGCUUGACCCUUCAGCGUUGCUGGGCUUUUGUCUUCGCACGACCGUCUGCGCGGGAAGGAAAAAAGCGGGUCGGCCCGCUUCCUGCUCCGAUGAGGAAUUUCUCUGCAAGGUCAUCUCUCCUCUUGCCUGCUCUGCUGCAGCUGCUGCUGUUGCUGCUUCGCCCUGGUUGUUGAAGACUGGUUGCAAGGAAGAGUUGCCCAUAGCUACACCCCGGUCUUCAGAAGCCCUUUCCCAACGGAGCUUGGACGGGCACUGAGCGACAUUGACUGCACCUUGUAACUCCUCCCACUUCCAUGGGGACUGUACCAGAUCCUUUGAGGUCUGCCAGGCUUUCGCUGGUCGCCGCUUCUGAGGAGGAAAGCGGUCUAAGACAGCGGCAGUCCCCCAAACACCAGCACAGUCAAGCAAGCAUAGAGACGAACAGUAAUGGGUUUCCUUUUCCGGCCAAGGGGCAGAACGCUGGGGAGCUCUUGUUUGAAGUGAACUCGGCCACAGAAGCUGAUGAUCCAAUGGGUGAACAGCAUUGUGGGUAUGACACUAGACAACCAAGCAUGUUUUCUCCUGGGUCCUCCAGCCCUUCCAAAGAAUGCUGCCCAGCAGCUCUGGAGCCACUAAAGAAUUCUCAGCAAGAAGGCAGCAAUGGCUCCAGAGACGAAGGCCAGCCCACAGCAGAAGGCUCUUCUCUGGGGCCUGUUGCAGACAAGGUGCCUCCUACCCAAGAAGCCAGCGAGAUGGUGCAGAUCGGUGCUGGAGAGCAGCUCUGUAGGGCAGUUGAUGAAGCAAGCUCUACUUCUGGAGCAGGCAGCCAUGCCAGGGAGAGCAAAACCCAUGAGAAUUCUGCUCUCACUACCCAUUCAAAUGCCCAGCAAGAUGCCUCAGUGGCAAAGGAAACUGGGGGUGAAAUGACUGGUCCUGAGAAAACUCCAGCACCAGCUUCAGUGAGGGAAUCUGAAGCUGCUUCUGAUCUUGGAGGGAAGUCCCAUGUUGGCUCAGAAGUAGAAUUGAAUGGUACAAAGGAUGCAAGCUCCCAUCUUAGGACUGUGCCAGAGUUGGUACCCAAAUCUGACCUUGAGAGCACGUCACGGCCAUCAUGCAGUGCAGAGGCUGUGGAGGAGGCAGCGCCAGAGCUCUCCAAGUUCAGAGACACUGGUACGAUGACCGUGCAGGCCGACAGUAAACCUGGAGCUGGGGAGGCAACAAGCACGACCCAUCAAGAUGCCGAGGUUCAGGCUGUAGCCAGCAUGGAAAGCAAAUCGGCUUCCACCAGCCCAAGUAUCUUUGCUGCAUUCUUAAGAGAAAGCAUGCCUUCUGAGGCGAGACCGAAGCAAGAGCAGUUGCACGUGAUUUACACAGGAGCUGGAGGGAAAGAACAAUCCGAAAUUGUGGAUGGGUUUGUGCCACUUGUCCAAACAGCGCCAUCCACUGGUGUCAUGCCUGAAGUGCACCUUCCAGCCUUGGCUACAGGAGGUGCGUUGGGAGUGCACACUGUCCAACUUCGAGACAGCCCAGCAGGCACACAUGAUACAGUCCGCUUGUCUUUGUUGGACACCACAAAGAGUCUGUGCCCACUGGCAUCUGGUGGUACUCAAGAAGCAUCUGUCAACAGGGUAGAAGCACAAAUAGCCGGCAUGGCUAGUAAUCUCAGUGAUGUUUCUCAGCAGCCGUUAGACAGUUCAAUCUUGUUGAAGACAAGACCUGUUUACCAGAUUACUGUCAACACCAGUAAUCAGCCUGGGCCUCUUCCACAACCUGUGCAACCUGUGAACACUGAAACCAAGCUACCUCCAUUAGCUGCUCUCCCAGAAUUCCACAGCAAACAUCAGCACUCUGGGCCCUGUGCUAAGGAAAAUAGCCAGGCAUCGCCAUCCUGCCGUGACGUAUCUGAACAUGCCAAGGCUGCAGUUGGUGCUCAAGGUAGCAAUUAUGAGGAGAACCUGCAAACCAAGACUGUUGGUGACCUUGGGACAGGUGCAGCUAGCUUCCACGUGGAUGUAAAACCACAGAGGGAGGAAAAGCUCAUCUCUCUUGAUCCUAAAGGACAAAAGAUAAGUCAUACAGGAGCUGCUGCUGCUGCUGCUGGCACCCCGACAACAUGUACUCCAGUCGUGACAAAGAGAGAGCAUGGUGGAUUCCCAAAACAUAAGAAAGAGAUGCAAGCAGCUGGGCUGGAGUCUGAGUUGAGUAGAAAUUCUGCCCCAGGUCUUGGAAGUCAAGUCAUUAAAAGCAGUGAAACUAGGAAGGGACCAAAGCUAGAUCCACCAGCAGCUCCUACGUCUUCUCAGCCUGUGCCGGCUAUUGGCGAAAAGAAGAAAGAGCCCCGGCCUGCCACGGACGCCAAAGUGCAGCUGAAGCAGUCCAAGCGCAUCAGAGAUGUCGUGUGGGAUGAACAGGGCAUGACCUGGGAGGUUUACGGGGCUUCCCUAGACCCAGAAUCAUUGGGGGUCGCGAUCCAGAACCACUUGCAGAGGCAGAUCAGAGAACACGAGAAACUGAUUAAAGUCCAAAGCACCCAGAACCGGAAAUCCAUUUCUUCAGAUACGUCCUCAAAUAAAAAACUCAAGGGGAGGCAGCACAAUGUUUUCCAGUCCGUGCUGCAGAAUUUCCGGCGCCCCAAUUGCUGUGUUCGCCCUGCUGCUUCUUCCGUGUUGGACUGAAAGAGUUGGGAGUGUGGGUGGGGAGAUGAUGUGUGGCCAUUUGUAUCUGGGUACACUGAAAUCCAUGGAAAAUAAGUCCUGACGCUCAGCUUCAUUGCUAUAGAAUCCGAAGCGAAGAGCAGGGGUGGGGGAGAAGUAAUGACGCUAUAUUAUAUUCUCAGUAAGUCAACACAUCUUCACUGUCUUAUUUCAGCAAUGGGCACAUGCUGCUUUUUUGUUGACUUGGAAGGCCCUGACCCCAGUCUGUUCCCAAAUGAAAGAUAAGCACUUAAAGAAGCACAAUUCAAAAUUGCCGAUGCGCUGCAGCAAUCAUGGCAGCUCUAGAGAUGAAAGAGAGGCAGGGGGAGCGGGGUGGAAAGAGGCAUCGGAUCCUUUUACAUCACUGUUGUUGACAUGUAACUAGCUGUUAUGCAGACUGUUUUAAAUAAUGUAGACCAUGAUGUGGCCAAUGUUUCCCACCUGGGGAGGGGAAAGCAUCAGUUUGAAAUUCCUGAGUUGGGCAGGGUUGGUGCUGAAAGAAUUAAGGGCGCUGAUUCUCUUACAUUUUUUAAAAACCCUCAAGAGAUAUUUUAAAAAGUAUAAGGGGAUGCAUGCUCUAUUUAUUCCCAUAGAACAAGUUAAUGCCAAUUUAAGAGGCCUACCCAGAGGAGGAGCUCCAGAAGCCAUCUUGCUUCACAGCGUUGGAGGAUGCUAACCAGAGGUGGGCCUCCUGUGCCAAUAAUAUACAACACACAGGGCCAUUUCAGAUGAUCCAUUACCAAAUUGCACGAUUCGAAAGGUAAGCAUGCCAAGAGCAUGCCCCUGAGAACAUCUUGCAUGGAAGAUGUCCUUCCUGUAUGGGAGUAGACGGUCCAUCCAAAUAGCUGGGACAUCCCGGGGGGGAGGGACGCUCUCAGCGUAUCCACUUUCUUAUUGUGUAGGCCAGUAAAGUAUUGUCUGAACCAGCCCACAUUUGUGCCAAAAGUCCUCUGGAUGAAUGUUGCAGUGGGUCUUUGGAAUCCUCUGGCAUCCCUUCCAAGUUAAAGGUGCUUAGGACUGGAGAAUAAGGGACAUAAAGACCCAAUUCCCCACCCAUUUCAGUGGGUGCCAGAUAUUCUUAAAAACAUGCCGGGCUGCUACAUGAGGUGUUGACUGUUAUUUGUUCAUUAAUGAGUUUCUGCGAGUGGUAUUAGUAAUACUUUUCUUUUUGAAAUGGUCCUUCCAAAUAGAGCUGGAGGAAUUACCAGGGUUCUCCACAACAUAUACAUGUAGAAAGAACUAGAAAGAUUAGGAAUGUUGUAUAGCCCUUUUUAACGUCUAUUUUGUACACAGAGGAAUUGCCGGCCCGUAAGAAGGAAGUGAUGGUGGCUUGCCUGAGGCAAAAGCUUUGUGUUUUCACUUCCUGCCGGCUGCCUGACUUGGCAAAGAAAAGCUCCCCUUGGCAAAAAUGUGUUUAAAUAAUGGUAUUGUGUUUCAUGAAGCUGUUGAUUGAUUGUCACACAGAGCAAUUAAUGUCUAUUUCUUGUGGAGGUAAAGCUUUCUUGCACAUCCUAAAGCAAGGGUUCUCACAGUGCAAGGGAAGCACUCCUAAAGGGAGGUUGGAGAGAAACCACCACCAGUGGCCAAACUGUUUGUUCCCUGAGUUGUCGGGUCCCCCUAGUGUUCAUUUUCAGUGGGCCAAAAGUGCCAGUCCAGCAUCAGCAUCUGAUUGCCGCCAUCCUAGACACUAUGCCAGACUCCUUGUGUUGAUGGUCAGUCCUGGGGACCAAUAGGGGCAAAGCUACUGUAUAUUUUUCUCCUGCAUUGUGUUUCCCUUCAGUUCCUCUCAGACGAACCUGUGGGUUUAAAUGGCUGCUUCUAUCCUUUUGACCUGUUUGCUACUAUGCUGAGGACAGGCAUGAGCAUUUACUUUUAGGGCUGACCGUAUUUUAGCUGCAUAGGAUCUCCUGCUGCAUCCUCCCUGGCACAGGUCACAUCAAAAGUUCCAGGACAGGUGCGAAGCACCUACGAAGUAGCCCCUCCCAACUCCAGAGUUGCUCCAUUUUCUGGACGGGACAAUACCAGUAUGGGAAUUGCCAUCUUCUCCCAUCUGAUCUUAGAGUGACACAGGAAGAUGCAUGAUAGGGGCUCCCAUGUCACAGAGGUAACAUUAGGAGGGGUCUUUAGCUGCACUUCUGUUUCCAUGCUCUAGGAAGACUUGGAAGACCAGUUGUAAGAACCUUUGCACUUACCGACUUUGGCCAUUUAAAACAUCAAUUCCAAAUCAUUGUCCUUUUCUACAAAUUGGUGGUGGUACCAAGCUGCAAGGGCCCAGUAGGCUGUUAAUUCUUUUUAUAAUGCCAAUUAUGUGACUAGCACUUUGUGGAUAAAAACAAGACAAAGAGAGAAAACUUAGGGGGGAGGGAAUAAGUUUCCACAUCGUUGUCCAGACGUCAUCUGACUUUGCUUUCCUGAAGUGGAACGCUCAUAGUCCCAGAGAGCUGGCUGCAUGGUCUGUAAGCGGAGUAGAAAGACCAAAGGGACAUCUGUUCUGCUAUAAUCAUUGCUCAAAAUCCAGUGGGUGCAAGGCUUAAGUAUCGCAACAGAAUCUGCUCAAGCACGGUAGAAUGGAUUUGAAGAGCAAGAUUUGAAUGUUCUAGGCACAAUACUUGCAAAUGGAUUCUGGAGGACUUUCUGCGUGGAACUACACGUUACAAAACUUGCUGACAUGUGCCCCUUCGCCCUCCAUGAUGUGUACCAAAACAUACCUCCAUAAUCCAAUGUCAUCGUGUUGCAUAUUUCCCUGCCCUUGCGCCAUGUGAUUAGCUGACACGGCUGGGGAAAUGCACUUCAUGAAAUCAGAACAUAGGACAUGUCCUGCACAUUACGGAGAGAAGUGGGAAAGCUUAACCCAGGGAUUCCAUUUUUGGAGGCAGCCCUCGGCUGCUCAUAAUGGAGUGGCAUCAUAUUACAAGAUUUGCAGUCAUACUAGAGCAGGGCUGGAUACAUUUGGACCUCCAGAUGAUGUUGAACUACAACUCCCAUCAUUCCCAACCACAAUAAAUUAUGGCUGGGGUGAUGGGAUUUGUGGUUCAACAGCACCUGGUUGGCCAAGUCUGGCCAGCCCUGCACUAGAGGGCAAUUCCAAUGGUAACAGAAUCAGGCACUUUACUUCUUUUUCAGUGAUUGUAGCCUGUACCCACUGGCAAGAGAGUCUUAAGACCACAUUUUUAUGAAAUCCUUAAAUAUUAUAGAUAUUGUCUGAAAUGUGCAAAAUACAUUGGUAAAAGGAUUAGAAUUAUUUUACAUCACUUCUGAUACCGUUGCCAACAUAUUUUGCACAUUUCAAGCUAUAGUGAUUUAAGGGUUUUGUAAAAAUAAGGCCUUUAUAGAAUAUGUUAUCUUGCCAGUGGGUAUAUAUACAACAUCAACUUGGAAAUUUGCUUAUGGCUACAGUUCCUGAAUUUGUUAGCCUUGGAAUUGUCCUUGAGUUCACUUACGUUUCAGCUCUAGUAUGAAGAUGUUCCAGAACUGAGCAGGUCUUCUAUCCUGUCCUCUAUCGUGUCCUCUUUCAUGAUCUCCUGAUCAUGAGUUAUUUCGGUUUUGUUUUAAACAGAAGACAGACCUACCACUCAGCGCAGUCUGAAUAUCCAGGACUGCCUGCCCAGGAAAAAUAUAUACCUGUGUGUUUCAUCAAUGAAAGAAAACAAACAGACAGACAUACUAGGGUAAUGAAAAUUCACAUUGAAUUGAUCAACUAAGGUUUUCAAAGGCUCCUAAGAGCCAGGUUCAUUAACUGGUUAAGACAAACUACUUGAACUUGAUUCCCAGAGAAGUCAGGACUCAGCUGGCAGUCCAUAUGUUAGUGCUUAGGGUUUCAUUUUUCACCCUAGAAUGUUAGACUUGGGGGUAAAUUUAAUGAAAUUGAUUGACAGUAGAUUUCAGGAUAGGCAAAAGAAAACAUUAAUUCAUACUAAGGCAUUAAUUAGUUUUCUGGAAUUCACUGAUACAAGAUAUGGUAAUGGCCACUUAGCAUCGCCAGAGGUUCUCAAAUGUGGGUCCUCGGAUGUUGUUGGAUAACUCCCAUUAUCUGCAUAGUUCUGGGGAAGAUGGGAGUUGUCCAACAACAUAGGGAGACCCACGUUUGAGAACCUCUGAUUUAGAUGGCUUUAGAUUAAAGUGGUUCCCAACCAGGGU